CAUCCGUUCCUCCGGCAAAGCCAACGACCCCAUGUGCUCGAGAAAUGACUCGUUGCGGCUCGACUCCAAAUCAAUCCACUUAACCCUCAAUAAAAAAAAAAAUCUUAAACAUAUAUUUAUAUAUAAAUAUGUGGACAAUCGCUUUUUAGACAAAGAAAAAAGAAAUAAUGUCACAUCAUAUAAAGACAGGCUAUCUUCGUUAUUAUUAUAGUAAGUUUAUUUAAUUGGAUUUUAAUUGAAGUUGGUCUGUUUUUUUGUUUUCAUAGAGGGUUUAUUAUCAAAAAAAUGGAAAGAUUUUUAUUUUGUCCUUUUUGAUGAUUCAACAUUACAAUGGUAUGAAAAACAAAGUGAUCGAAAACCAGAAGGAUCAAUACGUAUUCGUGAUAUAGCACAAAAUCUUUGUGUUGGACCAUAUACAAGAUGUUUACCAAAUCGACCACCAUUUCCUCGAACAACUGAUGAAGCUAAUCUUAUUGCUUUACCACGAUCUUCACCUGGACAUCAUAGUUCAGAUAUUGUAUG